AUGGCACCACAAUACAUAAAGUUUGCACACAACAACUUAGAAGCGAAGGCAACAGGAGGAGGGCCAUUCAACAAGCACAUCCUCACUCCAACUGAAGACACAAUAGCCCAAUUAUGUGGUAUAUAUACCGUGGUGGAAGGUAUUCCCAGCACAGCAGACUUUGGUGUCCCUUCUGAAAACUGCGAUGGGCCUUCAGAGAUUUCCAGCGAUGAUGACAACGUCCCAUCUACAAGCGAUUCUCCUCGAUUCCGAAGACGUGAGCCUAUGGUAACCGACCACUUAAGGAAUAAUAUCGGUGAGCAGACAGGUGCCUUGAAAAGUAUUGUAGAUGGGUUGCAAGAAAAUAUUGAGGCCACAAAGGAAAUUGACACUAGCAUUCAAUGCCUUUGUGAAAGAGUAAAAGACUUGACUGAGGAGAACAAAAGACACCAUUUCGAAAUGGAGCGGCUGCGACAAGAAGAAAAUGAAAUGAAAUAUAAAGAGUAUGAAUUGGCGGAGCUGAAAAUGAGUUUUAAAUACAAGUGUACUCCAUAAUUUCCUCUUUUAUAGUUUUUUWAAAAGUAUAAACACAGCGAUGUUUUUUUUACAAUAAUAACUUACCUUA